UGGGCUUCUGAGCGAGUCCCGCGUGUUCGCUUAUAACGGUCUUCAGAGAGCACGUGGCGAGUCACAAGCUUGGAUCCUAAGCUCACGGGCAUAAGCUUGGGGGCCUGAACCUGGGUGGGACGGGCAAGAGCUUUACAUGGGCCGUAUGGGAAAAAUGACGGUUUCUGAAGAGAAACUGCAUCUUGCGCUUCCCCGGUUUCUCCGAUUGCCCAGCCAGGCUGUGUGUGGAUCCGACAACGAACGCACGACGCUUUGCGACCACAAGCCCUAAACAAAGCAACGUGCAGUUAUGGGGGCCUUACGCCCGCGACUCUGGCGAAAACGCUGCGCCCCGCCCCCAAGCCCAUUGCUUUGACAUGGUUGGCGGACUCCAUCGUCACGUGCACCCCAGCGUAGGCAGUGAUUGGAGGAGCCGAAGUAACAGAUCGUCCCAUCAGCCGCUCGGCAGCGGGGCUUGUUAGUUCCGGGUCGAGGCGUAGGUGACCUCCGGAAUCCGAAAGCUUUUCCAUGAGUUAUGGCUGCUGCCGGCGAGCGGCUGGGACAUCGGUGAGGAAAGAACGCGAGUCUUUUCCGAAGCUUUGUCCACGAUCCCUCGGCGAUGGCGCUCCGGUCGCGGCUCUGGGAAUGGCUGUGGGUUUGCAGGAACCCUGGUAAUUCCCUCUUCUCUCAGACGACUCCCCAGGGCCCGCACAGGUGUGGGGUCGCAGCGCUCUCAACCAGUUCCAAGCCAGCCACGAAGCCUGAAGUGGACCCUCUGGAAAAUGCAGCUGUUGCCCCAGAGUUCACCAAUCGGAACCCCCGCAAUCUGGAGCUCUUAGGUGUGGCCAGGAAAGAGCGGGGCUGGGGGACAGCGUGGCCCUCCCGUGAGUUCUGGCACAGGUUGCGAGUUAUAAGGACUCAGCAUCACGUAGAGGCGCUGGUUGAGCAUCACAACGGCCAGGUUGUGGUUUCAGCCUCCACUCGGGAAUGGGCUAUUAAAAAGCACCUUUACUGCACCAAAAAUGUGGUGGCCUGUGAGAGUAUAGGACGAGUGCUGGCAGAGCGAUGCUUAGAGGCAGGAAUCAACUUCAUGGUCUACCAACCCACUCCUUGGGAGGCAGCCUCAGACUCGAUGAAACGACUACAGAGUGCCAUGACAGAAGGUGGUGUGGUGCUGCAGGAACCUCGGAGAAUCUAUGAAUGAAAAAGGAGCAUUAUUCUGAAUGUGGGAAUAUAAAGCCGUGAACUGUCCCGUCCUUCAGAAGAGAGCAUCUGGAAGAACAGCCAGCUUGGAAGUUUUGUAUAGUCAUGUAACAGUGGAAUGUUAUUACUAGUUAAGGUCAUUCCCUUGUGUGUGUGUUUUGUGUGUGUGUGUGUGUGUGUGUGUGUGUGUGUGUGUUGGGGGGGCGCGGUGGUUUAAUCAAGGGCUAAAUUCUUCCCCCCUGUUGGACAGGAGAGAAGUAUCUGAGAAAAGCUGUUGCCAAUUAUAAUUAACUUCCCAAGGGCAAAUUAAAUGUUGUUUAUAAGAAUAAAUGCAGAUUAUGAGCAGUUUCUGGUUACAUGAAAUCUUUGCCUUUGAGCCCUCUGUGGCAAGAAGAGGUUUGUGCAAACUGUUACCCUGUCCAGCUCAUAGUGGUUGAUCUCAAUAAAUGAUAGCUGUUGCUGCUCA